CGCAGCCCCGGGGCGGCCCGAGCCGCGCGCCGCCGCUUAUGCAACACAUCAUCGAUAACCACCCCGACAUGGCCACGGCGCUGCUGGCGGGCGAGAAGCUGAAGGAGCUCAUCCUGCCCGGGCAGCAGGAUGACAAGGCGGGCGCGCUGGCGGCGCUGCUCCUCCAGCUGAAGCUCGAGCUGCCCUUCGACCGCGUGGUCACCAUCGGCACCGUCCUCAUCCCCAUCCUGCUCGUCACGCUCGUCUUCACCAAGAACUUCGCCGAGGAGCCAAUAUACUGUUAUACCCCCCACAACUUCACCCGCGAUCAAGCCUUGUAUGCCAGAGGAUAUUGUUGGACAGAACUAAAAGAUGCCCUGCCAGGAGUCGAUGCCAGCCACUGGCCCUCCUUGUUUGAGCAUAAGUUCCUACCUUAUGCGCUGCUGGCUUUUGCUGGGAUCAUGUACAUUCCAGCUCUGGGCUGGGAAUUUCUGGCCUCCACGCGACUCACUUCCGAGCUUAAUUUUUUGCUUCAGGAGAUUGACAAUUGUUACCACCGGGCAGCUGAAGGGCGGGCACCGAAAAUAGAGAAACAAAUUCAGUCCAAAGGCCCAGGCAUCACCGAGAGAGAGAAGAGAGAAAUUAUUGAGAAUGCAGAGAAAGAAAAAAGCCCUGAGCAGAACUUGUUUGAGAAAUACCUGGAAAGAAGAGGACGAAGUAACUUCUUAGCUAAGCUUUAUCUUGCCAGGCAUUUAUUCAUCAUCUUUCUGAGCAUCAUACCAAUUACAUACUUAUCCACCUACUACGCUACACAGAAGCAGAAUGAGUUUACGUGCGCCCUGGGAGAGCCUCCAGACAAAACCAGCAGUUCCAGGUUGCACAUCAGAGUGAACUGCAAACUGCCGUCCGUCCAGCUCCAGCGCAUUAUUGCUGGCGUGGAUAUCGUUCUCCUUUGUUUCAUGAACUUGAUAAUCCUCAUCAAUUUAAUUCACCUCUUCAUUUUUCGCAAGUCCAACUUCAUAUUCGAUAAACUCAACAAAGUCGGAAUCAAGACCAAGAAGCAGUGGCAGAAGUCCCAGUUUUGCGACAUCAAUAUUUUGGCCAUGUUUUGCAAUGAAAAUCGGGACCACAUAAAAUCCUUGAACCGCCUGGAUUUCAUUACCAACGAGAGCGACCUGAUGUACGACAACGUGGUCCGGCAGCUGCUGGCGGCGCUGGCCCAGUCCAACCACGACGCGACGCCCACCAUGCGCGACUCGGGCAUCCAGACCAUAGACCCAAGCGUCGACCCGGCGGACAUCGACGCUAACGAGCAGCUCAUCAUUAAGAGACCGAGGAAGAAGAUGAAGUGGAUCCCGACUACCAACCCUCUCCCUCAGCCCUUCAAGGAGCAGCUGGCCAUUAUGAAGGUUGAAAACCAUAAACCUGAGAAGCCUAAGCCUGUUAGGAGGAAAACUGCAACCGAUAGCCUCAUAGCGCCUCUGCUGGAGUCCACUGCCAAAACCUCCCAGCAGUCAUCAGCCCAUAAAGCCGAGUCCAACGCCAUCCCAAGCACCAGCACUGAGAAAAAACACACGCGACACUUCUCCUUGGAUGUUCAUCCAUAUAUACUCAGCAGUAAAAAGCCCAAGCCAGAGAUUCAAGCCAUGCCCUCAAUGCCUACAUCAAAAAGCCAAGAGGGUGGAUUUAUAAACCAGGAAGAAAAUGUCAUAGUACACGUCACCUCCUCUCUCAAAGACCCCCCUCAUCCUGCGAAGGAGAUGCUGUACUCAUCGGAGACGUGCAGGACAGUGCCUGCUGCUGGGGCUUUUGUCACCUGCAACCACAACCACAUAGCCACCACCGCCGCCACGGCGAGUCUGCCUUUGAAUCAAGUCAAGGCGGAGGCAGCGCCCGCGCUGAACUGCACCCCGAGCCACCCCUUGCUGCACAUCAACACACUGUACGAGGACCACGAGGAAGAGGUUUCGAACAUUAUAGACAACGGCCUGCACUCCCCCGCCGACGCGGGGGCGAUGCUCUCCCUCCCUGCCAUCCCGACCCCAAAGCAGAUCAGGUUGGCCCCAUUCGAUGAGCCCAUGGCGAUGGUGAGCUCGGUGGAGUACUGAGGAGCAGGGCCGGCCGCGGCGCCCAGCAAUGCAACCCGCUGCAUGAGAGCAUGGAGAAUCCCGCAUACAGACUCUAGCUUUUGGUAAUAACACCACACGGGUCUCCAGGAUCCCGUCAUGAGCACUGUCAGCCAUCUGCCAAAUAGAAUAAAGCAAAUCCGGUGGACGUACACCAAGGCAACCCUUAGUUCUAACUAUAAACAAUAGCUUCCUGGUCUAAAUGGGAAUUAGCACAACUUCUGAAUGGUAGCAAUCCGAUGGCAUGCCACAGUAACUCUAGUGAGCCUUUAAAUCCUUCGUAUUCAGAAUCACUGAUCGAAGUUGAAACAACAUGGAGCUGAGGUGCAUCUUCUGUUGUAAUGGCAGCAGUUAAAUAAGGUUUUUUUCCUAAGCAGAGGCAAUUUUUUUUUUAAUUCAACAUUAUGAUAAAAGUUAUAUGCAAGCAACAUUUCUGUUUCUUUCUUUAGCUCCCUUCUGUUCGGCUUGAGGGAGACCUAGCUUAAAGGGCCUUACUACCACCAGCAUUUGAGUGCAAAGAGAACUGAUGUACGUCAAUCUCUUGCAUUUAUAAAUGAGAAUACCUGAGGUACGCCCUGCCCUUUAACAAGCUUAUAUGUUUGAUGGAAGAUGAUGAAAUGAAGAGUUUAUUUUUUUAACUAUAUUUUACCAUGGGAAAAAAUUACUUUAAUAACUUUUAAAAUCAGGUGUUGCUUUUAACAAAAUGGGUAGAAGAGUGUCAUUGUAGCUGCUUAUUUUUUCAUAGUGUAUUUAUUAACCAGGUUAGAAACUUUCAUGGGUGCUUCACUGAUACGAAAAAUCUUAAAAGGUUGUUACAAAAUAUGAAACCAGCAAAAUUCUUCAAAUAACACACAGUUAAAGAAGUCUACAAAUUUAAGUCUGCAGACUUGGCUAGUCUCUUAUGCAGCCAAUACUUAAGGCCGUGGAUUUCACUGAAUUGACUCACCUACCUAAAGUUAAGCACAUACCUACUGAAACGGCCGUGCUGGAUGUAGACCCUAGUGCAGGCAGCCAGUGAUCCUGCAGAAUGUGCCGCCACUCUGAUUCAAUAGUUGCCUUCCUUGGCUCAAAGCACAUCCUCACGCCCAUCUUCCUACAACUUCAAUAUCUGUGAUUUAAUAGAGAACUCUAGUAUAAAUAAAAACAACUAUUAAAAGUGUAUCAUGCAAUAACCAUUCUCAGCAAAAUUAUUGUGAAACAAAAGUGACUGUGUUAAAAUAAUAUUCCUAGCUGCAUUCAAAAUUAUGGACUGUGUGUGUUUGCUUCAAAAUUAUGUAUAAUGGUAGAAAAAAUAUGCAGCACAAAUAUGGGACUGGAAUCUUGAAUUUAUUUUUAAUUUAUUACCUCAGACAUGGAUAUAUGAUA